AUGUCGUCGAAGACUCACCAAGAAGAAUACGGCUGGACUGCAGUCCCUCGCGGUCGAUCGAAUGUGCCAAGUGAGCAAGAAGCGAAGACAGCCAAUGUACAAGUCAACUUUGACAGCAUCUGGCCACGAACCGAACUGGUGAAGAAAUCACAGGCAUACGUGAAGGAGAAACUGCCGGAGAAGACGUACAAUCACAGUCUUAGGUCUACUGCUACGCACUUCCGAUCGUGGAUUGAGCAAGCUCGCGAUCAGUUCUUUGAGACUUGGGCUUUGACAUGCCUCUUCCACGACAUCGCGACUACAGAGGAGAACCGCAAUGCGACUUGGCUCAGCUUCGAAUUUCAAGGCGGCUUCAUCGCACUGCAAGAACUUCAAAACUAUGGAGCGCCAGUGUCGCAGGCCGAAUCGGUCUGCGAGUCGAUCAUACGCCACCAGGAUCCUGGAGAGACUGGAACCAUUUCCCGUAUGGGACAAUUGGUACAGCUCGCCACAGAGCUCGACAAUAUGGGCUGGCAGCCGUACCUGGUGGAUAAGGCAGUCAUCGAGCAAGUGGUGAAGCAGCUCCUGAGAAAGAAGUGGUCUUCUUGCUUCGCUCAGUCGAUACAAGACGAGAUUGAUGCUAAGCCUUGGUGCCAUACUACCGCGAUUCCGGGCUUCAAAGAGGCGGUCGCUGGUAACAGGCUGAUGGAGCCGUAUGAUUAG